UCUUGCUGCUGCCAGGUCCAGAGUGUGUCAUGGGUCCCUGUACGGCCUCCCAUUGCUGCUGUCUCCAUCGCCACACUCUGCCAUGUGCCACUUUCAGGUCUCCUCACACUGCUGGUGGGUUCCAUUUUGUCAUAGGGUGCUGGCAGAUUACGGGCCUCCCAUUGCUGCUGCCAGGCCCGUAAUCUGCCAUGGGCCCCCGUACCGACUCCUCAUGCUGCUGCCAGGCCCAGAGUGUGUCAUGGGUCCCUGUACGGCCUCCCAUUGCUGCUGUCUCCAUCGCCACACUCUGCCAUGUGCCACUUUCAGGUCUCCUCACACUGCUGGUGGGUUCCAUUUUUGUCAUAGGGUGCUGUAUGGCCUCCCAUUGCUGCUGCCUCCACCGCCACACUGUGGCUCCACACUCUGGUUUUGGCCCCGUGACUGCCCAAAUGAGUGAAGUGUGCGGUGAUUCUAAGAUCGACGGCACUCAUCUGCAUGUCAUACUG